AUGUUUAAUAGCCCUUUAAAACCUCAGAGGCUUGUUUCUGGUCCUAGUCAGGUUCUGAAGCGUUUCACCCACGAAUAUGCUCCCAGAUUUAAAGAUGUUAGCAAGAAACAAAAAGGUCGGGUUCCAGUACGUGUGGGGGGCUCCACGAAAGGGUCAACUCUACAGUUCGGUAGAUUUGGACUUCGAUUGAAGUCAGAAGGUGUCAGACUCUCAGCGCAACAGCUGAAAGAAGCUGACAACGCGAUAAUGAGAUAUGUCAGACCAUUGAGCAACGGACAGCUGUGGAAAAGAUUGUGCACAAACAUUGCAGUGUGUAUCAAAGGUAACGAGACUCGUAUGGGUAAAGGUAAAGGUGGGUUUGAUCACUGGAUGGUCCGUGUGCCCACGGGCAAAAUCAUUUUCGAAAUGGACGGUAAUGACUUGCACGAAAAGGUAGCGCGUGAGGCCUUUAGAAAAGCUGGGUCAAAGCUUCCAGGUGUUUUCGAGUUUGUUUCCAAAGACUCGCUGGUGAGAGUGGGGCUCAAAAGCUUCAAAGAUGUCAAACAUGACCCGGUUGUCAACUAUAUGGAGGUUUUGCGUAAAAACCCUACCAAGGCAUUCCUCAACGAGCAGAGGGCCAAGUUGCCUCAAUACCGCUUGUUUAGAGGACGCUGA